AUGACGGCGCCCGUGCCGCUCGCAGUGAUGACGCUGCUGCUGACGAUGAUGGCGGCUCGCGGGGCCGCCGCCUCCCAGGCGGUCGUCGUCGCGGCCGGGGGCGGGGGCGCGGGCAGCGAGACGCCGCCCCCAGCCGUGCCGCGCACUCAGCUGGCCGGCCCCCGCGGGGGCGACGACGACUACGACUACGACGAGGAGUACCUGGAAGAGGAGCAGCCCGUGACCGGCACGGCCUCUGGCCUGGGGCAGUACCUGGGUGCACCGUGCGUCGACGACUGCAGCCCCUCGCUGCCACACACCUUCUGCGACCCCGUGACGCAGGUGUGCGAGUGCGAGAAGCACUACCCCGUCAAGUUGGGCGCCACCAAGGGCUGCGCCAAGCCGGUGCGGCUGGGCGAGCAGUGCUACUACCUGGCGACGUGCACGUACACGGACGCGCACGCCGAGUGCAAGCAGAUCGCCCACAACGCCAUCUGCCAGUGCAAGCCCGGCUACCACGUGGUCGCGCGCCAGCGGCCCACCAAGAAGGUCUUCUGCUCAGAAGACCUGGUGCUGCUGACGACGGACAUGCCGACGCUGUUCGGCGUGGCGACCGGGCUGGCCAUCUUCACGGCGCUCAUCUGCUUCGUGCUGAAGCUGUUCAGCAGAGCCAGGUACUCUCGGCCGCGGCACUACGCCAACGCCAACCUGGCGCCGCCCAUCCUCUUCUCCAGCGAGACCGGGAUCCCGCUGGCGGUGCACGGGGCUCGGCCGCCGUCGCGGGCCUCCAGCCAGCGCAGCGCGGGCACCGCCGGCUCCUCGACGGGCGGCUGCGGCUUCGCGCCGCCGCGGCGAGCCUCCAGCGACGGGCUGGUCAGCCUGGCGGGCACGGCGCGCGCGUGCGCGUCGCGCGGCGUCGCGGUGCCGGCGUCGCGGGCAGGUGCGGCUCGAGCCGCGGCCAUCUUGCUUAUCUCGUGCCACCUGACGGCCACCGCGGCCAAGGCGGCCGCCGCCGAGGAGGACUCGGAGGCGGAGGCGCCGCCGCCGCUGGCGGGCCCGGCGCCCACCCCCACGCCCGUCACCAGCGGCGCGCCCGCCGCCCUGCCGGACCCCGGCCUCGACCUGCUGGACGCCGACUCGGAGGACGAGCCGCCUCUGCAGCAGCGGGAGCCCGGGCUCAAGUUUCCCCGUCCCGCCAUCCCACAGUUCCGCCGCACCAGAGACCCACAGCGGCCGCUGUUCCAGGCGCCGCUCCAGCUGGAGGCAGCUCUCGCCCCAGUUAAAGCUGUUGCUGCGGGCUUCUCGCUGCCACCGCGACUGACCGGCUUUCAGUACCAUUUUGGUUCCCGGAGACCCAGCCUGGCGUCUAUCCACUCGAGCGCCUCCUCGUCCCGCUCGAUGAGCUUCAGCAUGCGGAAGUUCGAGCGCGAGAACCAGCAGCGCGAGGAGCGGCGGCUGCAGCUGCUGGCCCAGCAGCAGGAGCAGCAGCAGCUGCAGCAGCAGCAGCUGCUGGAGAUCCAGCAGAAGCAGCAGCAGCAGCAGCUGCAGCUGCGCCAGGAGCCGCAGCAGGCGGCGCAGGCCCACCAGCAGGCGCCAUCGCCCAGCCCGCGAACGCCCAUGAGCACCGACGAGCUGCUGCCCGCCGUCUCCGAGGAGGCGCUGUACAAUUCUGGUUCAUCCAGUGCCAGCAGCAGCCACGUGCAGUCCGCGUACCAGGGGCCGUGCACCUCGACCGAGGCAUCGCGCUAGCCGCUCGCAACACGUCACCCGCACCGCCGAUUCCACAGCUACUCUGUCCGCCGGACCUGAAGAGGGCUUACUUCUGCACCCCGUGAGCUCUCCACCGGUCAGAAGACGUAUCUCGGGUGCUUCGUCCAGUUACGUGGCAGAGGUCACUAUGCCUCGACAGUGGCACGUUCUUUAACGCGGAGAGUUACGAGGAGAGUUCGUAGUUUACAGGGCAGGCAGACACAGUACAGUAACUAAGUGUACCGUAAGUCUUUCUGAGAAGCCUUUGACCCCGUGUCACGUGACAGGGGGUUCUACUUUUGCUAAAGAUAAACUCGACACUUGUGGGACAUUCCAAUAAUUCACCAAAUAACUCGCAGAUUAUCAUGUGCAGAGGAUAAAUGCCAUUAAAACUUUAUACACUUCCAGUGCGAUGUACAUCAGAUUUUCAGUGGCUCGUUUCACUUCUCGAGAACAUGCGACAGAUUCGUCACCCUUAACAGUUACGCUUCAGUCCAGGAGAUAACCCACAUAUACACCGAGGUCUAAUACUGCAUCAGUGACAAAUUGUGCAACUUUUAUGGAUUUGUGUAACAUAAUUUUUGAGAAGAUAUUUCUUUUGACCAUAAUGACUAUAUCAGGCAUUCUCACAUUCUGUGUUUAAAGGAUUUUCCAUUGAACUAUGAAUGCUAACAUUCUGUACCAAACACUAGUGUUGCCUGCAGGCCUUGUGCAACUCUGU